UUUGUGUCAUAUUUGUGCGAGUUUUUUUCUUCAACGACAGGCGUUUAAUUGUUUAUAUUUUAUCGUGUAAAUAGUGGACAACAAAUAAACCGAAAAUGUUAUACCUGGAGGACUAUAUUGAGCUAAUUGAAACACUCCCACAAAGACUGAGGGAUAGGUUUACUGACAUGAGAGAGCAAGACUUGUGUGUGCAAAAUGGUGUAGAUGAUAUAGACAAAAGGAUAAACACAUUCUUUGCUAAUGCCAAAAAAAUGAAAGCCAACGAAAGGGAAAAUGAGCACCAAGCGAUAAUGAAACAGUUUGACCUGACGUUGAAAUGUGCAGAUGAGAAGGUGUCCUUUGCCAAUGAAAUGUCUGAAUUGGUGAAACAAUAUCUCAAAAAAUUGGACCAAGAUAUUGCGACGUUUAAAAAAGAGCUAGAAGACGAUAACAAGGGCAUCACAGAUCUCUUGGAAAAGAGAUCUUUGGAGCUGGAUCAAAAGUCGAUAAACAGCAGUCAGAAAGAGAAUCGUUACAGUCUUUCAUCUAGUAGGUCGAGAGAUAAUCACAGUCACUCACGAGGCGAAAAAAGAAGAGAUUCAAAUGCCUCGUCCACAUCAGCAGAGAAACGACAAAUGUUGGAUAAGGUCCCGAGUGCACCUGUAACUUCAAAUGUUAACAAUGUACAAGAUACAAGGCCGAACUCAGCGAACUCGGGCCAAUUAAUGGGUCAGUCCGUCGUGAUGGCAAGUGGAACGACGACACCAUCCACUAGUUUAGCCAACUCAGUAGGUUCAGUUGGCUACACCCUAGGUCACAUAGGCGCGGGUGGUAAUGCCAUAGCGGCUGCUGCUUCACAGGCCAUCGCAGCCACCCAGCACAUGCAGCAAGGCAGACGGACGGCGAGUUUGAAAGCCAGUUACGAAGCUAUCAACACCGGAGGCGUCCACGCUGCUGAAUUCAGCCGAGAGUUAGCUGGCGCAGCUCAGACCGCCAUUGCUGCGAUUCAAGAAUCCUCAAAGAAAAAGAAAAAAAAGGUGAGCUCAGCAGUGCCAAACGCCAACGUGAUGACUCAACAACAAGUCCAGCAGCAACAGCAGCAACAGCAACAACAGGCACAUCAUCAUCAUCAUCAUCAAGUGCAACACCAACAGCAGACAAAUCAGCAGCACCAGCACCACCAGAUUGUUCAAUCAGCUCAAGCUUCAGCUAACGCCUUAGCUCAAGCUAAUAACACCAAAGUAACAGCGGCUGCUGCUGCUGCUGCUGCUGCUGCUGCAGCUGCAGCUGCAGCGUCUAUGGACCAAGUAUCAGUGGUUGCUGAUACAGACUGGCCAGUCGAUCCUAAUGAGCCUAGGUACUGUAUAUGCAACCAGGUGUCCUAUGGAGAUAUGGUCGCAUGUGACAACACAAAUUGUCCUUAUGAAUGGUUCCACUAUCCCUGUGUCAACAUCACUGCGCCACCGGAGGGCGAGUGGUUCUGUCCGCAAUGUGCUCCACUGAUGAAAAGAAAGAGCAAUCGAAAGAAUUAGACAACUUUACAUGUUUUCUUGUAAUUGCGACUAUAUUUCUUUCCCCGUUAUCCGUCGUUUGUGAUCCAACGCUUAUCGAAAGUCGUUCGAUUUUUUUUUUUUUUUUUUUCAUAGUUGCGUCUCGCAUGUUGUAGACGUUUCGAAGUCGUGCUCUAUUCUAAACUAAAGUUAGUUAACACUUAAUGAAUUUGAACAACGAAGGAAGGAUGGAUGCAGUUCAAAUCCUGUUAUACUGUACAGUAAGAUAUCAACGCGAUAAUAAAGGAAAAUACCUGUCUUCUUUUUUUUUUUUUUUUUUUUUUCUAAAUUUCUGUAAUGGUGUGGCAUCGUGCGCAAAUGUAUGCCGGUGAGUAAAUGAAAAAUAAUUAAACAAAAGAUUAACGCUUAUGUCUUGAACAUAAUAAAAAUUAAGGAUUAGGAAAUAAGAUAAUUGUACUUUACGCUUCUGUGGAGAGGAGGAAACUUAUUAUAGUGAGAUUUAUCGUGUAAAGUAACGUUAUAAGUCGUAAAAAAAAAUAGUUCGUUGACGAAAGAAUUUAAUAUUUUGAAACCGUGUGUAAGAUAAUAAAAACUGAUGGUAUCAGCAAUACUUUUGUAUUGUUCCCUAUAGUGUUGCUUGUAUAAAAUGUUGUUUUAAACUACCGAUUUGUUGGAGGUCCAAUAGGACCUAUUAAACAUUAGGCAUAAGCGAGACUUUAAAUUAUUUGUAUUAUCAAAAUCUUAUUGUUAAGUUCAAUUUUUAACAAACAAAAUACCAGUGGCAAAAUUUAUCAUGAACAAUUCAUCAUUAAUGUUGUAAACCAAACUACUAGAUUUAUUUAA